CUGCAACAACGUCCGGACACUGUUCGCUGCGUGGUGUCUGCCCUCACCGAGGAAGGAAGUUCCCUGCAGGCGGAACUUCUGCAGCAGCAGGCUGCAACUUCGCAGCCAGGUGGCGGCGGCGGUCCUGCGCACCACCUAUUUUCGUCAUCCUUUCCUCCUGGUGCUUCGGCGCAGCGGCCGGGGUUCGCGGGCGGUGAAGCAAAUGGAUGGCCCGCGGGAGUGGACCAAGAGGUGCCUCAAGGCAACGGAACAGGCAGCCUGCAACGCACCGACACGCUGAUGUCGGAGACGGCGCUGGGCGACGCCGUCGCAGGGGGUGGGGCCGCAGAAUCCGAUCUGGAAGAAGGGAACCCGGGCCAUGACUACGAAUUCUCGGAUAUUCCCCGAAAUUUAACCAUCGCCAUCCAAUGUGUCAUACAAAACAUGGAAGCAACUGCAAGUCGGCUUUGUUUUGUCGUGCAAAUAGUUAUGUGUGGGGAUGUUUGAUUUUCAGGGAAUAUCGGAGGAAGAACAGGACCCUGACUCGUGGGAACCGGAGCCACUGGACCAAUUGGCGACGGCGCGAAAAGCUUCCCCAACCCAGCGCAGACAGGACCUCAUCUUCCUGUUGGUGUCUAUUUACGGCACGAAAGAAACCUUUGUGCGCGAGUACCAAAGAAUGCUGUCUGACCGGCUGUUGCCGCAAAAACUUUCCCGGUCGACAAGGCAGUUGAGGAAGACCAGAAAUAAUGAGGAUGAUCCCACCUCCGACGAGGAUUUCGGCGUAGUCGGGGGACGAGGACGACCAGAACAACAAGAUUCUGUUCCUCACCUCGCUUCCGACCUCGGUGUUGGUGCAGCGGCAGCGAGAACCGAUUCGGGGUCCUCUUGGCAACCGUACGAAGUGACACUGGAGCGACAGAACCUGGAGCUGCUGAAGACUCGGUUCGGGGAAGCGGCGUUGCAGUCCGCGGAGGUAAUGCUGGCCGACAUGCAGGACUCGCGACGCAUGUAUCACCAUGUGCAGGGCAAGCGUGAGGCAGCAGAGUUAGCUAGUCAAGUUGCAGAACCAGCGCAGACGCAGGAAUUGUAUGCAGUAAGUGCUGAUAUGUCACUACUAUCCAACGUCGGCGGGGAUGCGCUGUUCGGGGACCGGGGAGACGAUCUGGUUCAACAUCCACAGGGGAACAAUACCAAUAUGGAAGUGGAUUCGUCCGGGUUGACGCCGCUGGUGCCCGGCGUCCUCGUCUCAGGAGCAGAUGCAGAAAAUCUAUGCGUCCCUGUGGUGGAGGACGAGCAACAUGUGGGGCCAACGAUGUCCAGUAUGCUGCGGUCGUUCGGUAGUCCUGCAGCGGGGGCUGUUUUUCCGGGCGGAAAGAUCAGAAGCAUUAACAUCCUGGGUAGCGGACCCGGCGCGGGAGCGACGGCCGCCAGUAUGGCGGAGAAGGACAUGACCUUUAACAUCCUGCCGCUAGAGGUGAUACAGCCGACGUUGGUGUCGCACCACUUUUGGCCCCAGGACGCCUUCACCGAGGAGCCGGAAGUCGGCGAUUUUCACCUGCCUCCCACCUUGCAAUGUGCGCUGGACCGGUUUUCGGAGCGCUACGUGCACAUCCGCAGCACCCGUCGCCUCCACUGGUUUAAGGCCUGCGGCGCCGUGGACCUCGAGCUCGAAGUGGCGGGCGUGUCCCGUGUGUUUCGCCAGGUCACGCCCUUGCAGGCCGCGGUUGUGGAGAAGUUCUCGGAGGACACCGCGGAUGCGCCCACUCGCCGGCGAGAGUGGUCCUUGGCGGAGCUCGCGGGCGAGGUGGAUGCAGACAACCGGUUUAUUUCGGGGAAAAGCGAGGUACAGAGCAGAGACUUCGCGAAUCACGUCCUUGACGCACUGCAGUUCUGGGUUUCCCAGCAGCUCCUGCUGCUCGUUUCCCCAGGACCGGCAGCAGGUGCAGCAGCCUCUGGGCGGCCAGGGGAGCAACGAUUUGUGCUGAAUGUUGACCCCAGAGAUGCGUCUUCUAGAAGUUGUGCCGAGAAAGAAGGGCAGCUCGGCGAGACGAGUACACGGAUUGUUGCUGCGGCGCUGGACGAGACCACAAGGUGUACCAACAUUGCGAACAAGAUUGGUCGUGUGAACGGUGCAACUCGACAAAACCUCAAAUGCCUGCUCCCGCCGUUGGUGCCGCCCUCGGUCGCCCAAAAAGUCCUGGCGGCUGCAUCGCAGGAGGCCGGGUCAGAAAGUUGUCUGGACCACGCGGCGAGACAGGCCGGAGCUGGCACGAAAACGGGAAGAGGCAAGGACCGCAAGGUAGCACCAGAUUCCGAUCUGGACCGCAUGAUGCAGAAGUUCAUUCGAACCAUGCUCAAAAACUACCAGACGCUGCCGCUGAACCGCAUUCACGGUUUCUUGAAAAUUUUCCUGAACCGAGGAGACAACGUCCAGUAUGCCUUGACGGAAUCAGACCUGACCGAGUACUCUAUCACACCAAAAAAGCGCAGGUUUUGUCUGCUUCGUGCAUUCUUCCGCGCCCUCUUGUUUGCAGUACGGCUGAACAAAAUAAUUGAAAUUGCAUGAAAUCGAGCGCUUUUUUGGUUGGAUAGAACUGCACACGCUGUCGAGCUUUUUGGAUUUUGACGGCACGAGCUACAAAUUAUCGGAACAGGCUCUGUUGAAAUAAACGGAGGGUUUUUCGGCUAAUGUACGUAGCACCCGCUCUAGUUGUUGGUGGGAGACUGAUGCAUUGGCUGCAGCUAGUAGUAAAAAUCAACAUGCCCGCUCGGAAAAUAUUGAUGAUAUUUCAUUGUGAUAUUUAUGCUCUCCGCUUGCAAAGCCAAAGAACAACCACAAAGAUGUAAAACAUCUCGAAACUCACCCAUGCCUCAAGAACCACUUUCUCACGUCACCGCAAAUGGGUACCUAUCCUGAUCUAAUGAGAAUCCGACAGCCUCGUUGGCGCUACAUCGUUGGUUUAGCAUUGAUUAUGG